UUCCAUUUGAAUUAAAGGUAAAAAAAACCCUAAUUUCACUCUCGCCUGCCUGCGUCUGUGGCACGGAGGCGAGACGAGAGGAUUCUGGUACACGCCUUUCGAGAUCUCACUUUGAAUCUGCUCCAGAUUUAGAUUCAUGGCGGCGGCGGAGGUGGAGGCGGAGUUGCUAUCUGAGGACUUCAAUAAUGGUAACGAUCGGACUGAGUCAAGUGACUGCACAUCGGAAGAUGAGGGCACCGAGGAAUACCGCCGCGGUGGCUACCACGCCGUGCGGAUCGGAGACACCUUCAAGCAUGGGAGAUAUGUUGUUCAGAGCAAGCUCGGCUGGGGUCACUUCUCCACCGUCUGGCUGGGCUGGGACACUCAUAAAUCUAUCUAUGUAGCUCUGAAAAUCCAAAAGAGUGCACAACACUACACAGAAGCAGCAAUGGAUGAAAUUACCAUCUUAAAGCAGUUAGCCGAGGGCGAUUUGGAAGAUAAAAAAUGUGUGGUGAAGCUUCUAGAUCACUUCAAGCAUUCAGGGCCAAACGGGCAUCACGUAUGUAUGGUUUUUGAGUACUUGGGCGAUAAUCUUUUGACCCUUAUCAAGUAUUCGGACUACAGAGGGAUUCCCCUUCACAUGGUUAGAGAAAUUUGUUUCCACAUUUUGGUCGGAUUGGAUUAUCUGCAUCGACAGUUAUCAAUCAUACACACAGACCUGAAACCUGAGAACGUACUCCUUUUGUCGAUGAUCGAUCCAGCAAAAGAUCCAAGGAAAUCAGGCGCACCCCUUAUUCUUCCAUCUAGUAGAAACAAGAUUGUGACAGAAGCUUCUCGAGAUGGUAAGAGCCCGUACAGAGAUCUAACUAAGAACCAGAAAAAGAAAAUCCGGAAAAAGGCGAAACGAGCAGCUCAGAGAUUUGUUGGGAAGGAGGAAAUCGAUCAAGAUGAUGAAAUAAGUGAACCUGAAGAUUCUCAUCAGGGUGAUAAGCCGAACGUUGGGGUAAUUGAAGAGCCGGAUAGUGUUUCUGCUACUAAAGCCACGAGUAGCCGUAAAGCAGACAACGAAUUUGAAGAAAGUCGGGGCCACAAGAGGGGUAGCCGAUCAUUGAGACGGAAGCUCUUGGCUGAAGUUGAACUGAAAUGUAAACUAGUUGAUUUCGGAAAUGCUUGCUGGACAUACAAACAAUUCACCUCUGAGAUUCAAACACGACAGUACAGGUGCCCCGAGGUAAUUAUAGGAUCCAAGUACUCCACGUCCGCAGAUAUGUGGUCGUUUGCUUGCAUUUGCUUCGAGCUUGCGACGGGCGAAGUUCUAUUCGAUCCACAUAGCGGCGGUAAAUAUUCCCGGGAUGAGGAUCACUUGGCCUUGAUGAUGGAGCUUCUCGGCCCGAUGCCUAAGAAGCAGGUUGCCUUGGUCGGGCGCCAUUCACCUUUACUGUUCAAUAAAUAUGGAGAUUUGAGGCAUAUCCGACGAUUAAGAUUCUGGCCUCUCGAUAAGGUUCUUAUGGAAAAAUACAAUUUCUGCGAACAAGAAGCUACCAGAAUGUCCGAUUUCCUCGUUCAAAUACUCGACUUCUACCCCAACAAAAGGCUGACGGCAGCCCAGUGCCUUAACCACCCAUGGAUGGUAGCUAUCCCUCAGCAGGUACCACCCCCCCCUCCAAGAAAACUCCAUUUAGACGGCGCCAAAAGUUCAAAAAAUUCCGAUAGGGACGAGAGGGAGGCGAUGGAAGUCAGAGUCAGUAACAUGGUGAUCGACUGUAAGAAAGAGCCUUUCGCGGAAGAUAAACUUCCGGCGAGUGUUACGCCCGUGAAGCAACGGAUGGCUGAGAACCAUUGACCUGGUAAUUGUGCUUUGGCUCGCUCGUUCGAUUGUUUUGACAAAUUCAUUUUUCGAUUGUUGCGACUCGAACAGGGAAGCGAAUAGAGUUACGGAUGAACAACGCUAACACACGACAACGACGGGACGGCGGAGUCGAUUUGUGAUCAGGUAUGUGUAUGUGUUCUUGUUCUAUUGGAAAUUUUACAGUUGGAUCAAUACUUGUUGGGUAGUGAUAUUUGCUGUGAUGUGUGAAUUUUUUGAACCCUUUUUAAAACUGUAAUCAGAGACUUGCAUUCGACUCUUUUAACUUCGAUCUUUGUGGGUUCAUAAUAUUCUUCUUACAAUUUA